AUGACUUCUGUUUCUCAAACAAGAAAGACAAGUGAAUCUGGGUUUGAAUUAGUGCAUGUUACUUGUAAUGUCAAGUCAAACUCCACUACUAAUGGUUUUUAUGAAUCUUUUGAAAAAAGCGAAAGGAUAAAUGUACAGGCUGAAAAGUUUACGAGGUUUCUAAAUGAGAAGAAAGUUCACAGGCAUCAAAAUGACAAUAAAGAAAACGUGUCAGGAAGCAAUCUCAUCAUGAUGGCUAAAUCUGAGAAGGCAAAAUCGGGCUUAGAACAAGAAACAAAAGGCUCCCUAUGGGUUAGGAGUCUUGGAGGAAACUUGUAUGGCUUAGUUAUUGUUGAUGACUAUUCUCGAUUUACUUGGACUUUCUUCAUUUCUGCCAAGAGUGAAACUUUCAGGGUGUUCAAGAAAUUUGCCGCAGCCAUUCAAAACGAAAAAGAGCUCAAAAUCAAGUGCAUAAGAAGUGACCAUGGGAAAGAGUUCCAAAAUGAAACUUUUGAUGAAUACUGUGCAGAGAUGGUAAUCACUCACAACUUCUCUGCUCCAAGGACACCUCAACAAAAUGGAGUUGUAGAAAGGAAGAAUAGAGAACUAGAAGAACUUGCAAGAACCAUGCUAAAUGAGAGAGACUUCCCGAAGUACUUAUGGGCAGAUGCAGUGAGUACAACAUGUUAUGUACUGAAUAGAACAAUAAUAAGGUCAAUGCUGAAAUUGACUCCCUAUGAAUUGUUCAAGGAAAGAAAGCCUAACAUNAGACUAGCUCAUAUUAACAUGGGUCAAUUGAACAAGCUAGUGUCUAAAGAUCUUGUCAUUGGUCUUCCUAAUAUACGCUUUAUUUCUGAAAGAUUGGUUAGGAGUCUUGGAGGAAACUUGUAUGGCUUAGUUAUUGUUGAUGACUAUUCUCGAUUUACUUGGACUUUCUUCAUUUCUGCCAAGAGUGAAACUUUCAGGGUGUUCAAGAAAUUUGCAGCAGCCAUUCAAAAAGAAAAAGAGCUCAAAAUAAAGUGCAUAAGAAGUGACCAUGGGAAAGAGUUCCAAAAUGAAACAUUUGAUGAAUAA